AUGUCAAGGUUCAGCAUAAGUCCCAUAAAGGUCGGGGACCUCUCAUUCCUCAUCCUCGACUGUCCUUCCGACAAGUCCCUCCCCGCCUACAUCCCCAUAUUCGAAGAACACAACGUAACCGACCUAGUCCGUAUCUGCGAAGGGUCCCCCUACGAUACCCAACCCUUGACCUCCAUCGGCAUCGUCGUGCAUGAUGAUAUGAAGUUCGAGGAUGGAACGGCGCCGAAAAAAGAUAUUGUCGCCCGCUGGCUAGAACUCAAUGACGAGGUCUUUUACGAGUCCCCCACGCCCGAUCGUUGUAUAGCCGUCCAUUGCGUCUCUGGAAUCGGACGAGCGCCGGAUGCAAUUGCUUAUAUCCGCAAGGCAAGACGAGGCGCAUUAAACCGCGUCCAGAUCGCCUUCUUGGACAGCUACAAGAAGAGGAAAAAGGGCUUUGGGUCCAGGAAACCAGCAAAGACUCACACCAACGGGAACUUGAACGCCACCAACAACAACAACAACAACAACAACAACAACAACAACAACAACAACAACAACAACAACAACACAUUGAAACAGUUACCCGUAUCAUCAACUUCCCUGGCAUCCACAGGAAACAGUGGCGGCAGUCCCCCUCCUGCGCCUCACCCUCAACAUGUCCACCUGGAGAUGGUGCUCUAUUAA